AUGUUUCUUUGCAUAUUUUAUGAAUCUGUGCCAGAUUUCCCUAUGGAUUCUAAUAAUGGCAACUGUAGAGGUGCUGGCAUCGUGGAGCGCUGCAAAUGCAAGCCAAUAAAAGCUACCCAGAAGACCUAUCUACGCAACAAUUACAACUACGUCAUUCGGGCUAAAGUGAAGGAGGUGAAGACUAAAUGUCACGACGUCACUGCAGUAGUGGAAGUAAAGGAGAUCCUGAAAUCUUCCCUGGUGAACAUCCCAAAGGACACUGUAAACCUUCACACAAACUCCGGCUGCCUGUGCCCUCCGCUCAGCACCAACGAAGAGUACAUCAUUAUGGGCUACGAAGACGAGGAACGCUCCAGGCUACUCUUGGUGGAAGGCUCCAUAGCUGAGAAAUGGAAGGAUCGUCUCGGUAAAAAAGUAAAGCGCUGGGAUCAGAAACUCCGCCACCUUGGGAAGGCGAAGGGAGAGCCUGGACACAGCGACUCGGCUCCGAAGCCCGGCAAACCCAGCAGUGCCCGACAAGCACGCAGUUAGAUGUGGGACACCGUACGUUGACAUACAGAGGACUAUCUACCAAGACUUCAUGGUUGAAGCAGUGACGGAGAAAUUGCACUAUUGCACGUUAUAUUCUAUUGUUUACUACAAAAUAAUGUUUUAGCUUAUAUUAGUUUUUAUUCUCCCUCUUGUUUUCUACCUUUUUUUUU